CACAGUUUGUUUUGGCAGCCCCGGGUGUCUGAUGUGACUACCGCUGCGUCCCAGCAGGGACUGGACCUAGUGGUGCCCCCCCAUCCUCAACCCUGAUUCUGCUGACAGGGCCCAACCCACCAUGCUGAGAUAAUGCCAUUCCAGAGGGAUCGUGGCUAAAGCCUCUCUUUCUGGCUCUCAGGUAUAUAAAGAGGAGGCAGCUGUAGAGAGGGGAGCAAAGCACUCUGAAAGCCUUCUUCAGCCACUGCUUUACCGCCACCGUUCUCCCAUUCUUACCUCAUCUCCAUUUUUCCUCUGCUGGAUUCCCCACCAAGCCAAAGUAGACCAGACUGUCUUCAGUUGCCAUGGAUAUUGCCAUCCAGCACCCCUGGUUCAGACGUGCCCUGGGCUCUGUCUACCCUGCCAGACUCUUUGACCAGUUUUUUGGAGAGGGCAUGUUUGAUUACGACCUCUUCCCUUACGCCGCCUCCACCAUCAGCCCCUAUUACAGACAGUCACUCUUCCGCAACGUUUUGGAUUUUUCCAACUCUGGGAUCUCAGAGGUGAGAUCUGACAGGGAUAAGUUCACAGUCUACUUGGACGUCAAGCACUUCUCUCCCGAUGAGCUCAGUGUGAAGGUCGCUGACGACUAUGUGGAGAUCCAGGGCAAGCAUGGAGAAAGACAGGACGACCACGGUUACAUCUCCCGUGAGUUUCAUCGCCGUUACCGCCUCCCCUCUAGCGUUGACCAAUCAUCCAUCAACUGCACCUUGUCAGCUGACGGUCUGCUGACUCUGACCGGACCAAAGGUCAGCGGGGGGAGCGACUCUGGCCGCAGCGAGCGCAGCAUCCCCGUGACUCGUGACGAUAAGCCCAACGCUGCCGCCUCCUCCUAGAGGCCAAGUGCUGGUGGGUGACCCGGGGCACUGAAGGAGCUCAGCCCCGUGAAUAACCAGCAUCAACUGGGAUGGACGACUCCAGAAUUCUUCUUUCCCCCUUUCCUUAGAGGAUAUCUGUGUCUUCCCUGCUUCUCUUUCUAUAGUUACUUCUUAACUCAUUAGUAUCACUGUUUAAAGUAUAACAAAAAUCGGCCCGCCAAGGCAGUCGAGUAAGAGGCGCUGGAGUUUUUAAAGAGAGAAGUCAUCUGGAGACACUCACAUGGCCCAGCAUGUUUCAGAGCAGUCCUCUGACAGGCUUUGAGCUUGAAACAAACAUGUUCUGUACCAGCCCUGGUUUCUCCCAUUCAUGUUCUUCCUCUGAAGCCUUUGUCUCACAUAUAUCCUGUACUGAAGUCUAAGCUUUGUUCAGUGGAUAUCUGCUCACUAUUCAAGUCCAUACUAAAGAAGCAAUAAAGCUGUACAAUUAACAAAAUGCAA